ACCCCCAGGACAGUCAUAAAUUUCCCUAAAAAAACCAUGAUUGAAGCACAACCAAAAGAAAUUAUAUUUCUUUUUUAAAAAAUUUAUUCGAUGCAAGAUCGAGCGAUAAAAACUUAACCUGAACUAUACAUGUUUAAGAAUAAACUACAAUCUCUUAAACCUCGCGACAAACUUUGAAACGACAGAAAACGCUUCGAAAGCCUCACGACUUCUUGCCGGAGGAACAACUGGACCCACUAGCCCUCGUUGCCGAGUCCGUCGAAACGCCACUAAGUUCCAAACUGGUUUGCAGUUCCUUCAGGGAUCGGCCCGCCUGUUGCAUUAACAUUUUGAUGGUCAGUUCUUCGGUGUGAUGUUUGUUGGCUCGGAAAUCGGAACGGGCCCAUUCCCGCAGUUCCUGUCGAUUGGAGGCAUCUGGAACGAGGCGGAUUGUUCGGAAUAUCGUUCGGUACAGCUUGAGGACCUCGUUGCGGAGCAUGAACUGUGAAAUGGUGAAAAUAACAGAUGUUCAUUGUUCGACUUCCGGUGAAUCUAAGCUCCCUGGCUCUGAUUCCAUCGGAUCGAGAUGACUGUGACUGACUGACGGGAGACGGUCGCGUGGCUGCCGGUUCAUCAGAAUCGUUCGAACCUCCGUCAGAAGCAGACACGUUUUUCGUUCCGUCCCACUAGUUGGGCCCAUGUGCGCCGGAGAUCCAAACACCGAUGUGAGAUAUUUUUUUAUUAGCAGCGAAGCCAGAACGGUUGAAAAAAAAAUCACUGGAUCAGGUGUGGUUCAGAGGAAGAGUCGUCAAACUUAGAAAGUGGCAGUGGAAAAUAUUUUUAAUCGAAAGGAAAUGUGAAGCAAUGUUGAAGAAAGUGACACCUGACUGGUAGCGAUCGUUGAUGGGGAUAUUAGAAGAAUCAGCACACGAAAUAUAAAGUUACGAUUGCGCCGAAAGUGGAGACGCUUGAUGAUUGGUUGGAUUUGUUUUUAUUCGGUGGAUUUAAAAAGCAAAAAAAAGUUGUUGACCAAAAGUUGUGUAUUGGGGGUCGUUGCAAUAAAACAGUGAUUUGAAAAAGCGUGUUUUCAAAAAAAGGUAUUAAAAAUAGCACCCAUUCUCGGGGAUCGUCGAAGAAACGUCGGAUUGGAUUGCCCGGGUGAAAACGUACAAAUGUGAAGGAAAACGUGACGCGAAAUGGAGAAAUAAACGCGUGGUUUGAAAUCCGAUACAUUUUCGACCGUGGGCCACAGUGAAAAGAUGAAACCACGAAAUGGUGUUACCCUACUGCUAGCUGAUGAGUUCCAAAAUAUUUGCAAAUGCCUUGGGUGAAGAACGCGGGAUCAAAAUUGGCACAUUCACCCGGAUGCAGUUUAUACACAAAAAUCACCCUUCAACGCCGCCGAUCGAAUUCGGUGAUGAAAUUCACUCGAAUCGAAUGAAUAAUGUGGAAGUCGAAAACAAAGUUGUAAUUCAAUAUAUCUGUUAUUGAUUAAUUGAGCCUACGUAUGGUGGAAUAAUUGUUUGCGACGUUUUGGCUGAGCAUUCGAGUACUUAAACCAGUCGAGACUUGAUGUUUUUUUUGUAGGUUAGUUUUCGCUCGAUUUGCUCACUAUUUACCAGUAAUUGAGGCUGCUGAUGGUUCUGGGGAAUGUAAAAUAAUAUCGAACAGAGACAGCAAAAGGACUCAUAAACCAAAUCGAGGACAUUGGAAACCUCAUCCCCGCGGUAUCGCCCGAAAUCUUACAGAUCAUCAGCCAUCGAUAAAAACGGCCACAAAACUGUCACAGAAAGACAAGCAAUUUAGGACAAAAAUACGAAUUUCAAAGCAUAAACGCCGCCCGCCAUCCGAAAGAGGUGAGGUGUUGAUAAUGAUCAAAGAAGAGCUUGUGGAGUGAAGGAAGGCUCUCAGUCGUUGAAGAAGGCAGAAAAAGGAGAACUGAACUAUACUAAAUAUAUGCAGAUCAUGUGAAGGCAUAUCAGGUUGCAUCUUCACCGGUCAUUGACGUGUCAACGAAUUUGAACAAAAUAUUCACAUGGUAAAUGGUUGUCGGUUGUCAACAAAGCGCGUGGGAUACUCGUUCUUUGUAGCGCACAAUUUCAUGUUUGGACACUUUCGUAACCUUUCCCUGUGAAGUGACGUCAUCCGACCAUAUGAUUUCGAAUCGGUAGCAGGGAAAUCUUCUUUCUCCCGGGGCGCGUUUGGAUAAAAAGUGUUAGGAAAGACUGAGGAGAGAAAAAAAAUUGCAUCAAAGACAAAUAUCGAUUGCAAACGGUUUGCUAACCCCUGUUUGGCUCUGCUUGGUUUUGCGUCGGGGAACGAUUGGUGCUGUGGUGUCAUGUGAAAAGGAUCAAAUUUCACCCUGGUCUCAAUUGAAACCAGCGGGAAACCAAGAACGACGACUCUGGUCCGGGAGAACUUUGCUUGCUGUCGGAUAGCAAACAGACUGAAAAACGUAGUGAGAAAAAAGAAACAUAACACAACACAAAAACAGAACUAAAAACGGGAACGAACCCCAGAAUGGAUCUAGUCAUGAGCACGGCGUCUUCUUCGGCCAAGAAAAGCACUUCACCACAUCACAGGAUUAAGGUCAAGAAAGAGAUCUGCACGGAGCCGGACAACAUUAAGGACUUUGCUGAAACUGCCAUGAACGACAUCCUUGGCUGGUAUGGGUAUGGUGGAAGCGCAAGUGGGGGAGGAUUGGGUAGCAGCGAGAAUAACAACAACAACAACAACAACAGUAGCUCAACGGAUCACCGUAUCGAUAUCACUCCGGUGUCGUCGUCGUCAUCUUCUUCACUGGCCACUGCCUCUGCUGCUAGUAGCAGUAGCAGUGCCGCCAAGCCAGAACCCUCGAAACUUGCCAAGGAUUCGCUGCUGAAAUCCAAGCAGCAGCAGCACCACAACCUCCUCGGAACGAAGGCAACGCUGCAGCAAGGCGGCAAGGCGAAGCAAUUUAAUAUGUUGCAGCAGCAUAAUUCCGGGGAGCAACAGCUCCUGGUGGUGGGAGUUGCGAAAUCCGGUUCCGGCGAUAGUGUUGCUGCAGCAGGUGUAGUUUCCCCGGCAUCGUUAGCCAAGGCCGUUGUUGCUUCCGGGUCUGAUGGUGGGCACAACAAUGGUAACAAUAGUAAAACUGCCAGUAUUAGCGGAAGCAGCUCCAGCGGCAUCAGAAACGGUGUUAAUUUACACUCCAAUCAGCAACAGCAGCAGCAGCAGCAACAGCAUCUUCAUGGGGAUAGUUCAACUUCCGAGAAGGACAGUUCCAGGGAGAGUUCCAAGAGUCCGCUGCUGGUGAAGCUGCUCGAUAGGCAAGAACCAAUCUGCGCCUGGUGCCGUCGAAGUAUUCCUCCGAAUCAAACCGGCAUCCAGGGCACAACCGAGGGAACCAUCUUCUGUUCCGAGUCGUGCUUUUCGCAGAGUCGGAGGGCUUCGUUCAAGCGGGCCAAAACUUGCGAUUGGUGUCGGCACGUGCGCCAUGCCGUUAGUUAUGUGGACUUUCAAGAUGGCGCCACCCAGCUUCAAUUUUGUUCGGAUAAGUGUUUGAACCAGUAUAAAAUGCAAAUUUUCUGCAACGAAACCCAAGCCCAUCUGGACAUGAACCCGCACCUGAAGGAGAAGAUUGAAAGUGGAGGAAGCUUAAUAACGCCUGAGCUUUGGUUGAAAAAUUGUAAAAGUCGAUCUGCCUCGCCACCUUCGGAUCGUUCAGAAUCCGUUUCACCAGCACCUUCAUCGUUGAUGAGGCCUUCUCCGGAACCGUCUCCUGGGAUGCACAGUCCUCCAGCUAAGAAACCCAUGAUUUCCGUUGCACCAGCUUCCAAGCUGUUGUCAAAGAGUCUACAAACUACAGUAAUCAGGAGUCCCAUGAAAACAAAUCGUAAACGACGACCUGGAUUACGACCUUUACAGACGUCGGUUCAUCCGAAACGAGGACCUGCUAACAAAGGAGAAUUUGUUCAAACCAGCAACAAUAAUAACAACGCUAGUGUUAUCAACAAUAACUUACCGAUUUCGUCUGUGAUGCCAAAACCUUCUACAGUUACCAGUGGCGGAGUUCAAAACCUGCGAAGUGCAAUCGAUCUCAAAACGUUACCACAUCCCCUAACUCCCACCAAAUUUGAAUCCAGAGAGACUUCAACGCCUCGACCUCCUCACAAUCUACCUCCCCAUUUUCUUCAGUUUCAUCCCAAUAUGCCCUCUCCUAUUCGGCCUCCAUUUCCCCAAAUGCAUCCAGCGUUCCACUUUGGAUCACCACCGCCUCAACAUUCUAUGCCUCCUCCUCCACCCUUAAAUAAUCCUCUACCUAAACUAGACAAUCUCAACCGGCCUCAACAACCACCCUUCGGAUUCCCAACACCUCCUGUCACAGUCCUUGUACCAUACCCGAUAGUAAUCCCAUUACCACUUCCAAUCCCAAUACCCAUUCCGCUAAUCGACUUCCUCAAAGCCACUGCCCCAAAACCUACCCCAGAAACUCCAAAAGUUGAACCAACCUCCAGUGACUCACCGGCAUCCACCACCGAUCAUCUUCCAAACACCACCGACGGUCGAGAUGAUAUCAGCGAAGGUGACCUGGACCCAAGACUCGAAUUCAGCGAAUAUCCUUUGGAUUUCACCAUUCCCAGCCACGGGAAUCGAAUUCUUCAAAGGGAACUAGAGCAGCAACAACUAGAUUCACCCUACAAAUCUGAAGAAGGUGGACCUAGUUAUUCCAUGGAACCGAUAACAGACGAUCAAACCAAUAAUCAAGAGGACCACCCAACGAGUGACGCCGAACCGAUUGCCGAGCACAAACUGCCGAAAUUCAAAAUCACUCGGUUGAACGCAGCAAAGCGAACGGAACACUUGGAAGCGUUGAUCGAGGAACUUCCCCAACAGAAGCAACGACGAGUGGAGGAAGAGGAAGCGGCUGAUGCGGCAGCAGCUGCUGCAGCCGAAGCUGCCGCGGUCGCAGAAGAAAAUAGGAAAGAGCUGGUUGAACGUAGUCGUCCGCUGCGAAAGCGCAAACGAUUGGUUGUGGGACAUCAUGAUGAGCAGCAUCAGCGGAGUGCCGAAGAUAGAGAUGAUGGUGGUGGCUCUGGGAGUGCUAAUACUUAGAGUAAGAAGAGCUUAGCUCAAUGAUAAAUGUUAAUUUGAACUGUGCUGAGAGAUUCUGACCAAGGAACAGUAGGCACAACCUGAUUUGUAAAUGGUCUGAUGUACAUUUGAAAGCGUGAUCAGAAAACAAAAAAGGAAUGAUCAUUAGAAAUGUGAUGCGGAACAGAUAAAGAGGCGAAAGAGUUGCAAGCAUUCGCAACAUUAAGAUACGCUUCUGUUAAUUCUGCUUCCUGGUUUCUUUGUGCAAGAACGUUGCCGGCGCCAUUAUCGAUCAAUUAAAGAAAUAGCUUCAAUUUUGAAUAGUAAGAUUAUGCGGCUUUUUCAAAAUACCUUUGUAUUGUCUACUGCACAAAACAGAUAGCCUUAGUCAAAGGCUUGUAAGAAAUCGAGGCACUUUCUGGGCCAUAAAAGUGUACUUCAAAAAUUCAAAACAACUCGCUGAAAUGAUGCUGUAUUUGAAAUGAAAUUACUGAAACGGUUUUUUUCCGGGUUUGCCUGGAUAUUUAAUACAAAAUUUGGGAACAGCCCGGUUGCUUGUAUUUCAUCAAAGUUUUAUAAAAAUAAUCAUUCAAGGUUAUUUUGGAAGCCUAAAAUACAAUUUAAAAUCUGUCGAUGAGUUUAGAUGAAAUUUUUUUUUCAAUUUUUCUUGAUUUUUGUUGAGUAAUUUCUGAGUUUUGACAAAAUUUGCUCGGAUUUAUGGUACCAAUUUUGAAAUUAGACGCCCGGAUUUUGUCAGGUUUUCCAUAUAAAAUUGCUAGGAUUUGUCCGGCACGGAUACGUGCUGAGAAAAUUCUGGCAACCUUAAAAUUGAGCAGAGUGAAACACAGCUGAACAAACUUGUUUGAAUGGUCAUCAAAGAGUGAUAAGUUUUAUUUUCCUAACAAACUAGGUAACUAGGGAGGUUAUUAUGCUUUGCUCCACAGGAACCGCUGCUAACUACGUCCCAAUACUCCUCCCUAAGCUAUGAGUUCUAUCAACUUAUUAAACGUUUCAUGCUUCAGACUCGUUAACGCCUUGGUGAAACCCUGCUGGUUGAUCUUUUCUGUUGAUGUAAGACAGAUCAACAACGCCUUCUUCCAGAGCAUCUUUCACGAAGUGAUACCGGAUGUUCACGUGUUUCGUUCUCGGAUGGUGCCCUUGGGUUUUUUCGAUACAGAUGGCGGAUUGAUUGUCACAUCGUACCGGGAUGACUCAUUCUCCAAAAAAUUUGCAAAGUAGAUGGCGCCACCGAAGAGCCUCUUGAGUGGUUUUGGGCUGCGCAAGAUACUUCGCCUCGCAUUAAGACAACGCAACAGUUGCUUGCCGCUUCACUUUCCAUGACACAGCUCCUCCCAUCAUGGUGAAAACAUUGCCAGUUGUCGAUUUUCGGCUAUCAGGAUCUCCUCCAUAAUCCGCAUCCGAACAUCCAACUAGAUCCUGUUCGGCUGUCUUCGAUAAGUUGGAAACGGUUUCCUUCAGAUACUUGAAUAGCUUUUUCACAGCUUCCCAGUGUGGGCGACCAGGGUUACUGCAGAAUUGGCUGACCUGGUUCACGGCGAAACUAAUAUCCGGCCUCGUUCCUUGAGCCAAAUAUGUCAGGCAACCAACAGCUUCCUUGUACGGAACCUCCUUCUCUAGAAUUUCAUCCCACGUGGUUGGGCACAUCGUAUUGUCCAGAUUCGUACUUGGAUCCAUCGGAACUCAAACUGGGCGACAGUUUCCCAUGUUGAACCGCUGCAAGAUGCUCUCCACGUACUAAGCCUGAUUGAUCCACAGUCUACCAUUAACUCGGUUACGGGAAAUUAGUAAUCCAAGAAAAAGUUGGGCCUCUCAAACCGCUGACAAAGAAAUUCCUUCAGCUUCUUCUUAAGGCUCGGGUCGUUGCAAAAUAUAAGAAAAUCGUGAACUCAAACAGUGACGAAAAGCAUUUUUCCACACGCCAGCUUGUAGUAGGGGAGGAGCGGGCUAUAUGCGCCUAUUAAGCAGAACACUGAUUUAAUCAAAUAUCACAUCAAAUAUCUGUACAAAAACUAUAUACACGUGUACAGGCAUCUGUUUUCUGUACAUUGGAGUAAUUUUUAUGUUAAAAUUUGCUUCUGUUUCCAAGAAAACGAUUUUAUUAUAAGUGUUGUCUAAAAUGCCGAACCUCAAACCGUGCGGGCUAAAUGCGCCUAUUUAUGUUUUGAACAUAAUUUCUGUUUUUUGGGCAAUAUUUCCGUAUAAUUUCAUUGAAACUGCAAGAAAAUAAUAAUUCCCGUACGACAAAGCUGAAGUUUUAUAAAAAUCUUUGUAUAUUAUAAUUUUAUGGAAUAAAACAAAACUUAGGGUUGCCUUACUAUGGAGGUAGUUCAUCCAUGAGAAAAACUUUAUCAAAUCUGUUUUUAGAUCUUCAAUUCUCCCUUAAGAUGUUAUUCAAAGCUUAGAUUUGGAGGUUCAAUGAUAAAAUUCAUUUAUUUAUUCUAUUUAACCUGUUAUUUUAGGAUGGAGGCAUUUUACAAACAUGAUGGGGGCAUACAAAAACACUCUAUUAUUCCACUAUAUAAUCAUUGUUAAACCUCCACAAAAGCUGAAAUAUGUUUAAUUUCUUAAGUAUAUUUGAGUAAGAAACAAAAACCACCCAAGUCAGCCAUUACAUCAAACAGCCGUAGGGUCAUUUAACCCGAUAGGCCCAUUUAGGAAACCUUUCCCCUACAGGCAAUUAUCCACCUUAGAUUGCGAUAAGCUAGACUCCUUCAGUGCUCCAUUCAGUUGUGCGUUCCACACUUGUCCGGAUUGCUUUAUUGAGUAAACAGACCUUAUUGCUUGUAUCGUCGAUACUUCCGAUUAAUUGAUGAAUAUGACCUCGUCUCCGAGACUUCUUUGUAGAUACGCACUCACAGCAUCCUUUUGCUCGAUGUCCAAGUCGUGCUCCACUGCAAGUGCCAGCAGAUAUCGAAUCGUCGAAUAUCGGACCACCGGUGAAUAGACCUCGUCGUAGUCGAUUCCUGGACGUUACGAACACCCCUUCACGACACGACGCGCCUUGUACUUGUCGAUCCGUCCGUCAGCAUAUCGUUUGGUCCUGAACACCCACUUGUUGUGUAUCGGUUUUUGGUCUUUUGGAAAAUCAGCUAACUCCCAGGUUUGAAUCUCCUCUCGCAUGGCGGUCAACUAUUGGCCUCGGUCCUGCCUCGCCAGAGCUUCAGCGUAAAUCACGGGAUUGUCAGUAGCAACCAAGGAUGUCUGUCGGCUUUCCCUCUUCCCCAAGAUGACAUCAGGGCUGAUGAACACUUCGUUGAGGACCGGAUCGUACAACCUGCAUGCCUUGGAAUCUUCGGCAUACCCAACGAAAAUGCAUGCCUGGUACUUCGGAUCCAGCUUCUUGCGUUUUUGCUUCACCUCGUGAACUGAAGACCUUUAAAUGAUGCAAGUUCGGACGUUUUUCGGACCAUGCUUCCUCGGGUGUGAUGUUCUCCAACGCUCUUUAUGGACACUGAUUCGUGAUAAAGGCUGCCGUCAAAAUCGCUUCAGCCCAAAACUGCUUCGGAAAUUUGGAAUCGUUUAACAUCUCACGUGCCUUUUCCUGAAGAGUGCGAUUCAUUCUCUCUGCCAACCAUUUUGUUGCGGAGUGUAUAGGCAGGUUUUCUGUUGCUGUACUCCGUCCUUCUCGAAACUUUCCCCCAUCUCUUCGUUGGCGUACUCGGUUUCGUUGUCUGUUCUCAAGACCUUCAAUUUCAAACCUUUCGCCUUGGAACAACUUGAAGGAAACGGAUUUCGGGCGAGCUUCCAUUCGAUGCAUGUCACACAUUCGGGUAUCGUUUCGGACCAUUUCAAACCGUCGACCAUCGAUUGCAGUUUUGUCAUGUUCUGCUGACCGAGAUGACCUAAGCGUUUGUGCCACAUUUCUGCGCUUACCGUCAGCAACGAACCAUCUAUCUUGCGAUUGAAUCGAUAUAGCCCUUCUUGAUAAGUUCCAGAAGCUAUAAUGUUGCCUCAGAGUCAAAGUACCCCUCGGACUCAACAACGUUGCCAAUCGAAAACACGCUGCACAUUGCCUUGUUGUUCGCCGUCUUCUGGGGAAAUUUCGCCGCAUAGUGACCAGGAUUUCCGCAGAAAAAACAACCGCCGUCUUUCUUGCCGUCUCGCCGCUUUGAUUCGCGCCAUCAGCACCACUCGAAUUCGAUACUGUUUGAAUUUUAGCGUCUUGCAGUAUCUUAGUAUUUACCGCAUCCGCCGUCAGCGCUGGUCCCGAAGCCUCCAACCUAAUGGUCAUCGGCUCGUUAUUCACAGGGAGUCCCAUCAACAACAACGCCGCCAGCCACGAAUCGUCUAUUCGGAAUCAAAUCCCGCCGAGCUUAUGAACAGGGGACAUCAAACUAUCGACAUGUGAUUCCACGCUUCCGCAUUCCUCUAGCCCAGUGGUUUUCAAACUAUUUUCCUUCACCGCCCCCUUUUGCUAAAUUUUUGAGCUCAACGCCCCCCUGAGUCAAUUAUUCCGAAAAUAUUUAUAAAAAAUUUAUAUUGGGUCGUUGAAAAACCAUAUAUUUUGGACAUUUUAUUGUAGUAUACUUUGAAAAGGUUUAUUGAAGCACUUAUAAAAAGUGUUAUAAUUAAUUUCAGAAGACUGAAAAGCCAACAGAUAAUCUAUAAACUGUAGAGCAUAACAAAACUUAAAAUUCCAUCAAAAUAAAUUGCAUCAAUCCUCGAGAUAAAUAUUUUUUUUAAAAAUAUAAAAUUCUCAGGACUUAUUCUCAAAUUCGGAAAAAAAAGUUUAAUAAAACGCCUAUUUGAAUUUUGGUAAAAAACUCACUGUUGAUUUCUUGAUAAAGUAUUUUUUAUGAGCAAAGAUUCGAAUGAAUGAUAAGUCUGAAAUAAAAUUGAAGAAAAAUAAAAUUUCAAACGAUUCUAGACAAAUUUAAGAAAAUUGUAGUCUAAAUGUGAUAACUGUUUUAAGUUUAGCAGUAUUUACAGGUCCAUAAAUUGCACAUUUUAGUAUAAAAUCGAAUAACUUUUGAUGUUUAAUCAUGAAAAAUUUCAGAAUUUCAUUUUUUUUCUAUUGAAUUAAAGAUAAACAAAUCUUAACUUUCAAGAAUUGCCAUCAAAAAUUUAUGUUUUUGAGUAUAACCCAAAAUAACUUACAAAACCAGAUCAAUGUACACAAAUCGUAUACGAAAUCUCAUAAUAAAAAAAAUGUGUCUGUGUUGAGACCUGCGGAGGCAAAAUCACAUAACUCUGUUAACUCAUAGAUAUUUUUGUAAUUAACCUAGUUUUAGAGUUUGGUUGGUUUACAGAGUUCUUCACUGUCGUUUUAUUGUUGGGCGUUAGACGUACUCGUUGUCAUUUAAAUUCUCAAUUAUUCUGUAGUUUGAGAAAAUGUGAAUUUUUUAAUGAACCCACCGCCCCCCUAAGCCCUUUCAACGCCCCCUAAAUUUCAAAGUUGCUCUCACCGCCCCCCUCGAAGCACUCAACGCCCCCAAGGGGGCGGUAGGGACCACUUUGAAAACCACUGCUCUAGCCGUAUCGAUGUCAGUUUCCGCAGCAGACCGAUUUUCCUCGUCAGACCGUCGUCCUGAAACGCUCUUCGAAGCUCCUCCCAAUCCUGUGUCGUUCGUGCGUCCUGAACUAAGCUGUAGUUCACCGACUCCAAACUCAGGCAAAUUGUAGCGAGUGCCCUCAAGCUCACCUCCUCGUCGACAUGUUGACCUCCUCCGGGGCAAGCAGCGUACCAGGUGCCUUCUCGAAUCAGUAUUAUUUUCAUGCCAAACAUCCACGGUGAGUAAUUCUCACGACCUUUAAGUUUCUCCAGCGCUGGGAGACUGACUUGUCCGAGAAGUCGAACGUUUCCGCCUGCGUGUGCUUGUGCAUCAUUCGAACCAUCGCCAAAUUCGCUGUUGAUUUGCGAAGGAUUCCGACCGCUUACUCCUCUAGCACCGCCGCUGCUGGACCGCUGUGGGAAUCUCUCUCCAGAAAACUACUUACAGAAUCUUCCGGGCUUUAAUUAUUCAGCUGGGCCCAUAACCAAUUGAGCAGAGUGAAACACAGCCGAAUCAACUUGGUUGAAUGCUCGUCAAAGAGUGAUAACUUUUAUUUUCCUAACAAACUAGGUAAUUAGGGAUACAGUGGUUACUAUGCUUUGCACCAUAGGAUACGUUGAUUAUUACGUUCCAACACAUAAACUAGACCUUCCACCACUGCUGUAACAAUAGUUGUUAACAAUUAAUUAUGUUGAACUGUUCGACAGUUUCUCAACGAAGUUUGUUUGGAGUUUUUUACCAAGUUGUUUCUAGUAUAUUUUCCAAAUCCAAGCCAUUUAUAACAUUAAUCCAACUUAUUGAUAACAAGUAUAGGAAAUAUUUGGAAGGAACGGAUAAUGUCAAAGGGAGAUUCAGAUCAACUUCCUUAAGACUCGUAUUUCGUCUCAGUUUGUUUUCGUCCAGAAACUUCAAACAAAAGACGCUGAGCUAGACUGCGUCGUACAAAAAUCUUUCAAAACGUUGCGAGUACUCUCUUGAUACUUACCAUAUUAUGGUGAAUCCAGAAAUUAGGAAUAUACAUAGCGUUAGAACCCAAGGGAUUGACAUCAAGAAAUAAUUCUUUACAUUUGGAGUGGUAAUGAUCAAAAUUCCACAACUGCUUCACAAAUUGCAACAAUUUGCAACAAUUAGCAUAUUUUCACUUUCUCUGAGCACUGGUUUCUUUCAUUUGAACUCAAACCUUCUGAUUUUCUCUAACAAAUUGCCACAAAUUCAAUCAUUGGCUGCACAAUUUGUGUGAUCCUUGACGAAUUUUUUCCCUUCAUUUCAGUUCCCCGACAGGUCCACUUAGGGGCCGUUCAC